GGAUGCGAGGAGAGUUUACCUCGGAAGUUGUUCAGUCUCAGCAUGGAAUGAAGAGCUGGAUGGGCUGCAGCGGCAACUGAACUGCUUCAAGUAUGACAGCGUUCAUGAGAUUAGGAACUCUACCAUUACGAAUAAGUUCCCAGAUUGGUGCCGGCAAUGCAAUCUAUCCCAGUACAGCACAGAUGUUGUGGCACAGGACAUGUAACAACAGACAUCAGAGCCUCUGCACUUUUACCAAGGGGUUUCAAGAUGAAUGCAGGCGGAAUCGGCACAAAACAACUAAUCCGACGCAGAUUACUGCUGCAACACUGACUACUGACCCAGAACAAAUACGGAGGACAUUGCACACCAGCUACAAAAGCAGUGCAACAAAAGAUGAACUUCAGCCAUCAGAAGAAGAGGUUGGCACUUUUACAAAAAUCAUUGAGGCAAUGGGAUUCACUGGACCACUGAAGUACAGCAAAUGGAAAAUUAAAAUUGCUGCCUUGCGCAUGUAUACCUGCUGCGUUGAUAGAAUAGAUUAUGAAGAGUUUUUUGAAAAAUGUAAUCUUCCUGAUACACUUAAUUCAUGGUUCCUUGUGACACAGCUCCAUGUCUGGAUGUGUAUGGUCCGAAUGAAACAGCAAGGGCGAGAGGGAAAGUACAUGUGCAGAUUCAUUGUCUACUCCAUGUGGGAAGAUGCUGAGCAGCGUGGGAAAGUGAUGGGGAUAGAUUCAGUGACAAUGAAGAAAACUAUGAGAGCUUUAACUGAAAUAUUUUAUGCUUCGAUAUUUGGAUAUGAUGAGGGAAUUAUAUCCGAUGAUCGUGUUCUGUCUGCUGCUCUUUGGCGAAAUCUUUUUAAUAUGCGUUGUGAUGAUCCUCGUCAGUUAGAGCUGAUGGUUGAAUACGUGCGCAAACAGAUGCAAUAUCUGGAUUCACUAAAUGGAGAAGAUCUUCUGUUAACUGGUGAAGUAACUUGGCGCCCUCUAGUGGAAAAUGAUCCUCAAAGCAUCUUGAAGCCAUCUCCUCCAACAUACAAUGAUGAGGGACUUUAAGACACUGUGGCGCUGUAUACCACGUUCUGAUGGGAAUUUGAUGGUGCGCUUGGUUCCAGGGGCUCUCUAAGGAGUAUUUUAUUGUUUAUAUGAGCUGAAACAAAAGUAUAAAAAAGUUUUUCUUUUGUUCUGAGUGAAUUAGUUUACAUAAAUAAAUUUCAGGGAAUAGACUACUUCCAAUAAAUCUGCUGGUACCAGGCUAGCCAAUACUAUAACGUUCUAUGCAAUGUCUGGUCUGGUAACAGAGUAGCCAUUCUAUUUUGUCUCAGUCCUACUCAUUAGCACACAUCAGAUGUAAAUUAUGAAAACUGGAGCAAUAUUGAGGGAUAGCAACACUGUGCAUGGUAGCCAAUCGCCUUCUUUGACAAAAAAACACCUGGAAGCUGAUCGCUUUCUAUGCACGGCUGCACCAGCACACUCCAGAUUUAGUAAAUCAAUCCGAUUUAGGUUUAAUCCUAAAAAAUACUAUAAAUAUAUAAGGAAAACUAGUUUCAUGCAGUUGCUCCAGAAAUGACACUAUUCGUGCAAUCUACGCCAAGACCUGAAUCCUACUUCUAGACAAUGCUAAGCAAGUUACUUUUGUGGAGAUUUGACAGAUGCAGGUAUAUUUAUAACCCACUUUUGUACAUUUUACAUUUUUGUAGAUUUCCAUUAUCACUGCAUUUGCAACACUCUCAUUUGAAACUGAGAAAAAUAUUAAAGCUGAAGCUAAAAACAUUUUUUUCUCUAUAACCUAGGUCACAUCAAUUGCCUGUUAUGAAAUAAGUCCUAUUAUGUGCGGGCUGCUGAAUUCUGUAGAAAUCUUCACUGCAGGGGACUGGCCUGUCCUCUUCCUGCUGCUGAUCUUCCAGUGCUGGUUUGGGACUCAGCUGCACUAAAGAGGAUUUUACAGAGACUUGUCUUCUCCUGAGUUUAGGAAGUUCUUUCACUGAUUACACCGCCUGUAACAUGACCUGUGAAUGGAGGAAAGAAUCUUGAUCAGAUCCCCUCCCUCAUUCACAGAUGGUGUAACAAGCCGUGAAAGAACUUAUACCAGUGUAGGAGGAGGAUGUGUGUGUUCAUCUUCAGUGCAGCUGAGACCCAAAGCUUUUAACCCCCACAGCAGCAGGAAGGCAACUACAGAAUCCAGCAGCCUGCAUCAUAGGGCAGUGAUGGUAAACCUUGGCACCCCAGAUGUUUGGGAACUACAUUUCCCAUAAUUCUCAUGCACUCUGUAGUGUAGAUGAGCAGCACGGGAAAUGUAGUUCCAAAACAUCUGGGGUGCCAAGGUUCGCCAUCACUGGUCUAGGGAAUACUUCAUUACAGGUAAGUAUGUAACUAAAGCUAUAAUGAAAAAUGUUUAACUAAACUUCAGCUUUAAAAUUUGCUCAGAUGUACCUUAUAUACUGGUGUAUCAUGACAACUUACCCCUAAAGGAGGGUGUUUGCAAAAGAAGUCGUAAGCUGCUAGACAAUUUGUGUCAAUUAGUGCACAUGUAUUUACUUUAUUUAAUCUGCCUGCAAAUGUCUUUGUAAAUCUUUCCUACUGUAAGACCCUAGAUCAAAGUGUACCUGUUGCCACGUGUCCUGGAUGCUGCUGCUGCUUUUCAAACUAACUGUGCCAUAGUGAUGUCAUUAAUUCCUUGUAUUUUGAUCAGCUAUACAUGGAAAUAUUGGGUGAACCUCAAAAAUGUCUAUCUCUGUGUUGCCUGGGCCAUAACUACGCUUCAGGAGUAUUUGGGUGAUUUACCAAUUUUGAACGUUCAUGUUUUUAGUUUUAUGUUGUACUGUGACUAUUUCAAACAGUUAUUUAGUUACACUAUGUAAAAAAAAAAACACUUCAAACAUUCACAGCCAUUCAUGUUAAAGUAGCCAGACCUGUGCAGAAAUUGUGAUCAGGAAUAUUUAUGUUGGUUUGCUGUAGCCCGGUAGUCUGCACUAGCUGUCUUGUUAGGCACAAAGAGGCAACCAGACAGUUUUUCUAUUAUUAAUAGGUUAUUGGACAGGAAUUAGGUUUGUGGAAUAUUUCUCCGCUAUACCACAUUCAUUUUAGAUCUGCUGCCUUGUGAUUAUAUCCAGAAAUUGUUACGUAUUCAUCUCCAACUGUUAUUAAAAAGGAAUUUACAUAAAACAGUA